AUGAAGGCCGUCUUGCCGGGAAACCCGCGCUCGAGGCUCCAAGGGCUAGCCUCGGGUUACUGGGACUCCCGACACAUCAACGUAUAUAUUACAGGCAGCGCCUUUACAAUACUGGAAGGAUGCCAUGGAAUUCUGCAAACAGUCUAUGACGAGGGAGAACAAACCCUAGAAGCUAUCGCAUUUGAUGAGGCAACAGGCAAGAUUGCUACUUGUACGCUGACCCAAGUUCGCGUGUACAAACCACUUGGAUCGCGCGAGGACACAUUAAAGUGGGCGCUUCAAGCGACUGUCGACGUUCCCUUCCCAAACCCCGACGAAACGCCCUGUACUUUAUCCUGGGGUAGCUCCGAGGAGCUUCUGGUAGCCACCCGAUGCCUGUCCCUAUUUGAUACCAAGACCGAACCGAGAUGUCUCUGGCAGAAAGAGCUGCCGAGCAUUGCUAAAUAUGCCAUAAUAUCAUACGACUCGAGAUACAUUGCUUCGACGGGUUAUCACGACCACUUAGUUAAGGUCUGGCGCAGACUCAACUUUGGCGCCGACGAAGUUCGCUUCGAUCUCACAUAUCUUCGACACCCGAACAUUAUAACAUCAGUGAGGUGGCGCAGGCCAUUUCAUGUAGAGCAAGCCUCGGAUAACGUCUUGUACACUGUAUGCCUUGAUAAAUGCAUCCGCGUGUGGACGCCGACCGAUACACUUGAUGGGAAGCAUUGGCAGCUAUGGGGCCAAGUCGAUGUUUCUGCGCCGUCACAAGAAAACCCUGAAGGUGUCGACAUGCGUUUUGCUCUGGUACUCGAUGGAAGAGAUUUCACAGCCUCCGUUGAACAAGCCGUGGAGGCACGAAUGUCUGACGACUUGAACACUGACGACCCCGUCGCUCUCGACCACCUGGUCGCGAUUGCAACCAAAAACCCAGAGAUCUGCAUAGCUUUCGAUGGGAGAGGAAUCAUGUCGGCCUGGGCCCUGGAGAACGUUAGUAGCACUACUGCAAGCUCACCAACUCUGUUCAAGGUGGCCCAGGUUACGGACGUUCAUUUUGAACUUCUUGGUAAAUUUCUAUCAGCUCACGAUACCCCCCAUACCGAAAUCCAGACGUAUUGCGACAAAGAAAGUGGUAAGGUUCACUUCAUGAUACACGCAUUUGAUGGGAGGAUAGGCGUCUUUAUUGGAAGUGUUGCCGAUCUAUUUGAUCCCACCACGAACGAUCGGCGCCUCUCACUACAAACGAUCUGGUCUGGUCAUUCGACUUCUAUCACCAAGAUCGUGCGAAACUACAGCGGCCGAGCAGUAGUCUCUCGCACACAGGAUGGUGAGAGUAUUGUCUGGAAACAUCUACUGGCUCCCCAUGAUAACUCAGGCCUUGCUCUUACGAGGGCGAGCGUCAUACCAGAAAAGGGUCAUAUACAUCGAAUAUGCGUAUUGAGAAAAGGGCGGUUUGUGGUAUUCCUUCGCCACGAAACCAUUUCACUUUGGGAUUGUAGGACUCGUCGAGCGGCCCUCCUCGCCCAAUGCAAUUACAAGGUUGUGGGAAAACCACUUUGCCUUAUCAUAUUACCUCGGUCAGAUGUCAAGAAUUAUACCGUCGCCCAUAUCGCAACUAUAACUUCGGAAGGGCAAGGUGUUGUGUGGGAGAUUCAAUUGCCUCGUUACUUCGAUGAUCCAAAAACAGUAGUGGGCGCUGAUCUUGGAGAGUUGAGCCGUUUCGAACUAAAGGACAUAAAAAACCUGGCAUACGUUCUACCAGUAGAUCCUGCUGGCUCUCAACCUGUCGUCUCAGGAUUUCUAGAUAUCUUUGCUCGCGACGUCGCCAUUUCUUAUACCCAUACAGGCCGCGUGGACUUUUGGACUGCACGAGUUGAUCCUGAACAGCGUAGUGUCGGAUGGUUGUCCACAUGCACUACAGAGACGGGAAUUUCCCAGCCAGCAUUGGUUAGUGGAAGUACCUUGAAGAAGGCUGCUUUGGUGAACAUGUCGCGAUCGCAGCUUACGAUUUGGGACAUCGGUGGUGCUCGCCUUGAGUACGAAAAUAGCUUCCAAGAACACCAGGUUAUACAAGACUUGGACUGGACAUCAACACCUGAUGGUCAGUCGAUCCUUGCUGUCGGUUUCCCUUAUCGGGUCAUACUUCUUUCCCAAAUGCGAUUCGAUUAUCUCAACAAAGGCCCAGCUUGGGCUCAGAUUCGUGAGAUCACCAUUCGAGAACUCACACCACACCCAAUUGGCGACUCGACGUGGCUGGGCGAUGGCCACUUAGUCAUUGGCGCAGGUAACCAAAUGUUUGUACAGGAUAGGCAUGUUGGGGUCUCUGAGUCAAUGAAGGCGGACCUGCGGCUUCCCUUACGCAAAGACGGCAACCUGGACUUGUUCCAGGUCGUUCAACGUUUCAACGGACCUUUACCAGUAUUUCACCCCCAGUUUCUCAUUCAAUGCAUUUUGUCAGGGAAGGCCACACUUGUGCGGCGCAUUCUAGUGGUCUUGUACAAGACAUUAAAGUACCAUAUUGAGGGCGAGACUCUGGAUGAUUACCUGGGGAUGGAUAUAACGGAGUUUUAUGUGCCUGGGCAAAGCCACACCUUGGCUAGUGAUAGGUCUAACGGUGUUUAUCUCAAUGAAAACCAGACUGACGAUAUUGAUGAUGAUGAAGUUUUCACCGAACAGACUGCUGUAUCGAUUAAUGAAAAACUAGUCAAGACUAACAUUCCACAACUUUCUGGACACGAGCAAAUUCAACUAGCAGACAUUGUCGAAUGUGUAUCCCUUGUUGAACGUCACCGCCGUUCAAUGGACGAAAAUGGUGCUCGAUUCAUGCUGCUUUUCCGUCAGCAUGCUCUCCGCAAAGGACGUACUAAUGAAAUGCAUCUUUCAUGGCGAGAAAUCAACUGGGCCUUUCAUUCCAACAGCCAAGAUAUUCUAGUUGACUUCGUGUCGCGACAGAACCACAGCAAUAUGCUGUGGGAGCAUGCUCGCGAAAGCGGCCUUUUCAUGUGGCUGACCGACCCAACUGCACUGAAAGUCCAGUUUGAGCUAAUUGCCCGGAACGAAUAUACAAAGAACGAAGUCAAGAAUCCAGUUGAUUGCAGUUUAUAUUACCUUGCCCUUCGCAAGAAGACCAUUCUUCAAGGCUUAUGGAGAAUGGCGAACUGGAACAAGGAACAAGCAGCGACUCAACGAUUGUUGGCAAACAACUUUGAAGAUCCCAAAUGGAGAUCAGCAGCCUUGAAGAAUGCCUAUGCUUUGCUUAGUAGGAGGCGUUUUGAAUAUGCUGCUGCGUUUUUCCUUCUUGCUGACCACCUCCAUGACGCCGUUCAGGUUUGCUUGAAUCAGCUCAAGGACAUGCAACUUGCCAUAACUAUAUCUCGGGUAUACGAAGGUGACGGCGGACCGGUUCUGCGCCGACUGCUUCAAGAUACAGUCUUACCGCUAGCAGCCCAAGAAGGCAAUCGCUGGCUAGCUGCGUGGGCGUUUUGGAUGCUUGGCCGGAAGGAUGUUGCAGUACGAGCACUCAUUACUCCGGUUUACACCCUCCUGGAAACACCUUGCUCCCCCGACAUCAAGUCUCGACUGUACCUUACUGAUGACCCUGCUCUGGUUGUACUCUACUCCCAUUUGCGUCACCAAACGUUACAGACUUUAAGAGGAGCAUCUAAGAUUACCCCGAAAGUCGAGUGGGAGUUUGUGCUGCACAGCGCAAAGCUCUACGACCGAAUGGGUUGUGAUCUUCUUGGGCUGGAUAUAGUACGGAAUUGGGAGUUCCAAAAGUCUCCAGGGGCCAGUGGCCUUGGUGGAGAGGUUAAUCCCCUCAAACUGCUUCGAAGGAGAAGCUCGCUAGUAGUUGCCGACUUACCGUCACCCACUCUUCGCUUUGAGUCACAUCGAGACAAUAAGAAGACAGUCAAGGCGCCCCCAACGACUUUCGAAGAGCCAGAUGCAGGGUCACUUCUGGAUAGCUUUGGGUUUUGA